UGUUCUUAACAGAGGACCAAGCCAAUUCUGUGUUAAAAAGAUACCCAAGAGCCAACACAUUUCUGGAAGAAUUAAAGCAAGGCGACAUAGAACAUGAAUGCAGAGAAGAAAUCUGUAGCUAUGAAGAAGCAAGAGAAGCAUUUGAAAACGAGGAAAAAACGAAGGAGUUCUGGAAAGUCUACAAAAAUGGACUUCAGGGAGAAAGUAACACAGGACAUACCUGGUAUUCAUUUUACCUUGCAUUUCCAUUAAUCAUUGGCCUUUUUGUUAUCCUCAUUGUCAUUUUUGUCAUAUGGAGAUGCCUGUUUAAAAAGAAAAUGCGUAGACAGUCAGUGUACGCACAUAGGGGAGCCCACGAAGCGAUGGGUGAUGGUGCUGUGGCUGAUGGCAGAGGUCCUCUUCCGCCGCCUCUCAGCAUUGUUCAUUCCCCACAGGAGGAAAUGUAUGAAGUCAGUGGGUUCUCCCCAGGAGGUCUGAGCUAUACGGAUGGACAGUCAGACUCAAUAUCCACAAGGCUCUCAAACUGUGAUCCUCCUCCUUCAUAUGAGGAAGCCACUGGUGAAAUCAGUAUGAGAAGAAGUGAAACAGAACAACAUUUAGAUCCACCCCCGCAAUACGAAGACAUUGUGAAUUCCAGUUCAGCCGGUGCAAUUGCACUGUCUCCUAUUGUCACCAGUACGAAGUAAAGCAAGAAGAAUGCGAUGGACUU